GCUGGUGGCGAGGUUCCAGGGUCAGUGCUCAGAGGACCAGCGCGAUGGGGCCAGGCUGUGCUGUGGGGCUCCUGCUGCUGUGCAGCCUCGGAGGGGCGGCGAGAGUGCUCCAUUCCCUGCGGUACUUCAAGUUCGCCGUGUCAGACCCCAGCCCGGGGGUUCCCCGGUACCAGGACAUGGGAUAUGUGGAUGGGGUCCCCUUUGUGCACUAUGACAGCGAGAGCAAGCGGUAUCAGCCCCGGACACAGUGGAUUGCGGCCAAUGUGGAUCAGGAAUACUGGGUUGGACAGACCCAUAUUGGACGGGGCAACGAGCAGAUCUCCUACAGUAACCUGAACGUAGUGCGGGACCGCUACAACCAGAGCGGGAGGGCUCAGACACUGCAGUACAUAUCUGGCUGUGACCUCCUGGACGAUGGGAGCAUCAAGGGGUACUCUGAGUACACCUACGAUGGGCAGGACUUCAUCGCCUUCGACAUGGACACCAUGACGUUCAUCGCGGCGGACGCGGCGGCGCAGGUCACCAAGAGGAAGUGGGAACACGAUGGGAGCGUAGCUGAGAGCUGGAAGAACUACCUGGAGAACACCUGCGUGGAGUGGCUGAAGAACUACGUGCGUUACGGGCAGCUCGAGCUGGAGAGGAGAGUGCCGCCCACGGUGCGAGUGUCAGGGAAGGAGACGGAUGGGAUCCUGACCUUGACCUGCCGCGCUCACGGCUUCUACCCGCGGCCCAUCGUGCUCAGCUGGCUGAAGGACAGCGAGGUGAGGGACCAGGACACCCAAUGGGGCAGCAUCGCACCCAACAGCGACGGCACCUACUACAUGUGGGCCUCCAUCGAGGCCAGCCCCAGGGACAAGGACAGGUACCGGUGCCAGGUGGAACACGCCAGCCUCCUCCAACCCGGCCUCUAUGCUUUGGAGCCGCAGUCUGACCUGCACAGCACCCUGCUGGUGGUGGCUGUUGUGAUGCUCAUCAUCAUCCUCAUCACGAUGGGAGGGGUCUUCUGGAAGCGCACACUGGGUAAGGCCCCGUGUCCAGAGGGAGGAAGGCAGGGCAGGAGCUGCUGCUCUGGGGAGCCCUGACCAGCCCCAUGGUGGGUGCUGAUGUCUUUUCCUCUCUGCAGACAAGAAGAAGAAGGAUGGCUACAACAUGCCCCCAGGUGAGCACCGGUGCCCGAGCCAGCACCGUGGUGGUCCCGUGCCUCUGGUUUCCCGAUCCCUCAUCCCCUCGUAGUAGGAACUAUAUGGAAAAGGAGGUGUCUCCAGAGGUGUCUUUGCUGCUCACAGCUCUUUCUCUUGCAGGCAUGGCCAUGGGUUCUACCACCUAACCAGCAGGUACGAGCUGGGACCAGUGGGCACAGAUGGGGUGGCCCCAGCUCCUCCAUGGAGCCUCCAUGGGAUGCAGGGGGAUACCGAGCCCCCCCCCUCCCCAAAGAGCAAUGGGCUCUGUGGGGACAGGGAUGUAGCCCUGGGUGAUGCAUCUCUUCCUCUUAUCCCUGCAGUGACUCCUGUUUAACUCCUGCAUGGGCUGGAUGAGCUCCUGCAACUGGAGGCUGCUUCUUGCUGCUGACCCUCUUCUUUGCUGAUAGCUGCUUAAUUAAUCACCGCUGGUAAUGAGCAUGGAUUAAAUCUGAAGCUUCUACUGCACAAUAAAUGCUGGUCUCUCUUUCU